UUUGUUAGAUACGCCACUAUGCACGCGCUUCAUCCUCGUCGAUGACAAACAAGAAACUACGCAGAAGCUGCUUCUCUUGUUCACGACGUCUCCUCCGAUUCCCCCUUUUUCGUCUUAUUCUUCCUUCUUCUGUAAGCAGUUUCUGAUCCUAUGCAACCCACCUCUCGCUUUACAAAGUAUUCUCGUCUGUAUUUUUUUUUCUUUUUAUUUUUUUCCUUUUAUUUUUUUUAUUUUUUUCUAUUUGGGUUGUGAAUAUAUUCGAAUUUUGGUCAUUACGUCUUCGUCCUUGACUCUGGUUUAGAAAAUAGGGGUCUGGUUUGCGGGAAUUUGAAGCCUCCUGGACCUUCCGUUUUCUCUCAAAUCAGGCUUUUGAUUUCUGGGUAUUAUGGAACAGUGGGUGUCAGGGUGUUAAUUUGGUGGGAAGUUAGGGUUAGAGGGAGCGGAAAAUGACAGAGUCUAGAGGCGCUUACCGCACUAGACAUUCUCGAUUUCGUGGAGCUUUUAAUGGAAUUUGUGCUUUGGUUAUGUUUCUGUUCUUGUUCUUUAACCGGAGCGAUUUUCUGGCAAAAUCGUUCGUGGUGAAUUCGCCUUCGGUUCUUCAUCCUCAGUGGAGAUUGAGAGGCGGUUUCUACAGUAAUGGGGUUGAGGUGAUUCGCCGGAGAACUGCCCAAGAAAAUGUUAGUUCGUCGGAUUUUGAUACCACUCUCGGUGAUGAUGACGACGAAGAAGACGGGGUGUUCCAAGGCAAUUUGACGGUGAAAAAUCCAAAAUUCUGUGAAGAGUUGUUAGAACACAAGGGUUACCGGAGCCGGUGUGAGUACUUGAUUGCCCAUCCUGGCUGUAACUCCGGCGGAAUUUUCAAUUACAUUAUGUUCUUCUACUGUAACUGCGAGUCAAUCAGCUUUUUGGGGUAUUUGCUAUUGGGAAUUUGGCUCGUGACUCUGUUCUAUAUGCUGGGCAACACUGCAGCAGACUACUUCUGUUGCUCUUUAGAGAAGCUUUCAAGUCUCCUGAAGCUUCCGCCCACUGUUGCAGGGGUUACUCUCCUCCCACUGGGGAAUGGGGCCCCCGAUGUGUUUGCCAGCAUUGCUGCUUUCAUGGGGAAAAAUUCAGGUGAAGUGGGGCUCAACAGUGUGUUGGGUGGAGCGGUCUUUGUUACCUGCAUUGUUGUGGGGGCUGUUUCUCUUGGGGUUGCAGAUAAGAGGGUUCAGAUAGAUAAGAAAUGCUUUGUCAGAGAUAUGUGCUUUUUUCUAUUCACUCUCUUGUCUCUUGGUAUUGUUUUGCUUGUUGGUGAGGUGAGUGUUGGAGGGGCAAUUGCCUUUGUUUCAAUCUAUAUUGUAUAUGUUUUCUUUGUUGCUGCAAAUGAGAUUUUGAGGAAACAUGCCAGGAGCUUGAGGUUGGAUGCUGUAACCCCAUUGCUUCCGGUCACAGCAUUUAUUUUCUCCCAUGGAAACGAGGAGAAUGAUUCAGUUUACACCUCAUUGCUCGAGUCUGACUCUGAAAAUGAUGUGCCGCAUCUCCAAACCAAGCUGCCCCAGUGGAUGUGGGCUUCCCAUAUGGCAAUUUACUCGAACCAAUCUCUGAAGUCUGGUGUAGAAGAGAAUUCAAAGCCUGUCUGGGGUUGGAACGAUGGGGACACGAUGAACAACAACCCAUACUUCUCUUGCUCUAGAUUAUGCUCAUUUCUAGAGAUGCCAUUGAUCCUGCCACGGCGACUGACAAUCCCUAUAGUUGAAGAGGAGCGGUGGUCGAAGGGGUAUGCUGUGGCCAGUGUCACAUUGGCCCCCAUUCUUCUUGCAUUUCUAUGGAACACCCAAGAUAGCCCAUCUGUUUUGAGUGGAGGAAUCACAUAUCUUAUUGGUGUUGCACUUGGCGGUACCCUUGGAAUUCUUGCAUACCUUUACACUGUUUCUGAGGAGCCGCCUCGCAACUUCCUACUUCCAUGGGUUUUUGGAGGGUUUUUUAUGAGCAUAGUCUGGUUCUACAUUGUUGCAAAUGAGCUUGUAGCUCUGCUGGUGGCAUUGGGUGUGAUAUUUGGAAUCAACCCAUCAAUCCUCGCGAUAACUGUACUGGCAUGGGGUAACUCAAUGGGUGAUUUAAUGUCCAAUAUUGCUUUGGCAAUGAAUGGGGGAGAUGGAGUGCAGAUUGCCAUGUCAGGAUGCUAUGCUGGUCCUAUGUUCAACACACUUGCUGGCUUGGGGAUCUCAAUGCUGCUUGGAGCCUGGUCUAGCAGGCCUGCCUCAUACAUAAUUCCUCGAGAUGGCACCUUGUUCUACACAAUGGGGUUUCUUGUAUCAGGGCUUAUCUGGUCACUCAUUGUGUUGCCGCGAAGCGAUAUGCGACCUACCAAAACAUUAGGAUUUGGCUUAGUUACCAUCUAUUUGAUAUUCCUCCUAGUCAGGGUAUUCACCUCUAUGGGUGUCAUGUCAUUUGAUGGUAUUAGUUGAUGAACCGAAAAACUAGUGAAGUUUGAUGAUAAAGGCAGGGAGCUGGAGCAGUGGGAACUGGGAAGCAUCAAUCCUUAUCUCAGCAAGGAUUAGAAGGAUGAAAAUCUUGCAGGGCUUGUACAUUAUUAAGUUGGAAUGAGAAUGUUGAUGCCUUAGUUGUAUCCCACAACAAGUAGAUUACAAAUUCCAUACUAAUGCAGAAGUUUAGUACCAAGUCGUUUUCUGUUAUUCCUA